AUGCUGACUGAUUCGUCUGCCAUUUCAUAUCGGAGGGCGCUUAGAGUGAAAAUGUUUCGCUUAUUCUUUGUGUUGGCUCUUGCCUUUUUAUUGAGUUCCUUCGCAAAAUCACCGAACAAUUCUUCUAAUCAGGUAAGCAAAUUGAUAACUAGGCCUAAAGUAAUUGUAGUCGAAACGGAAUUAGAGUGAGAGUGAGAAGUUUUGUGCUUUGUUCGAGCGUGUAACUUCCCAAACAACCCCUUGAUUCAUAACACAUGGGUACACUUUUCAUUUUUUAUUAAAAAAAAUUUCAACAGAGUCAUGGAACAACGACAAAAUCAAACUGCUGUGCUUUGCUAGCUCGAUGCUGUAAAGAUGGUGGGUAAAACUUCUAACAGAAAUCCCAGUUCAGUACUUUUAUAAUUACCUAAGAAUGAUAAUAAAAAUCGGUCAGUAGUUGUUACGAGCAUAUAUUUAUUUACAUCUGCUCAUAUGGGCGAGAAAGAGAGACGUUCGAGUUUCUUCACUGAAGUUUAGUUUUUGUUAAUUUCUGGACAGGAAAAGAAGGAAAAGAUGGACAAAACGGUGAGUGUGCGAAGGUUACUUUAGGGUUCAUUCAUGCAUUAAUUGACUUAAAAAAUAAAUAAAUUUUCACCAUAAAAAUAAACUGUUUAUUUACCUACGUGAUAUAAGAAAAUUGAUUUGCUUUUUAUGCAGGAAGAGACGGACGCGAUGGAGUAAACGGUGAUGUAGUUAUUUAUUUAAAGUGAAUUUUUGAUUUAGAUGGUAAAUAUUUUCAGCGUGAUUCCUUCAUAAACAAGAGUGGUAAGGACGAGUUAUUCGUAAUUUCCUGGGGGGGGGGGCGAGAUGGCGGAGGACUUGGAGGGGCAUUACACGGUUUUAAGGGGGUAAAGAUAGGGGAUCAGUCGUCGCCAACAGAUUGUCUAGGGGGGAGUAUAGAAAAAUGACUGUCGAGCAGCUGCCAAUGGGGGGUAGGGGUGGGGAAUCAUAAGAAUAUUACAGAGCCUUCGGGGAGGAUCAGGUAAAUUUUGUCGUGACAUUACCAAAAUCGUCGAGCUGAUUGAUGUUUCAUGGGGAUUUAACAAGGAAAAAACGAAAAGCUAGUAACGUGAUGAUAACGGUAAAUGUUAGAAACUAAAAAGUUGCCCUGUGUCAAGUUAAUAUUUCAACGAGUUUCAGUGACUGAAAAUUACUGAUGAUUAAUACAUUUCUUGGGAAACGAAGGUGUAACAGGUGCAACCAUUUACAAAGUUGAAACAAAAGAAGUAUUAUAGAAGAUGUAUUUGUUUAAGACGUGACUUUUGUUGCUGUUUUCGUUUAUCUGUGUUUCACAUUUUGUACUGGUCGGCAAUAUUUUCAACAUAGGACGAGAUGGACGCGAUGGGACAGUUGGAGCAAAGGUUAUGUAUUUUUAAAACGACAAUGUAACCAUUGUUAUAAAAAAAUGACUUUGAAACGGACUUGAGAAUACAAAUGUGUUGAACUGUAUAUGACAUACCUCUCCUUGUUAGUCGUGUACACAUUAGUACAUGAAUCAAACUGUUGUCAUGGUUACCGGAAGAUUAUUUGCAUUCAUUUCAAAUCAACCAGGGAGAGAAAGGUGAACCAGGCAUGCAUGGCGUAAAUGAAAAUGCUAGCACCAAGGUUAAUAAAAUUUGUAUUUAGCAUAUUUAAUUUUAAGAUGUAAUAAUCUUUAUAUUGUCAAAUGCAAAAAUUGAUCAGCAGGGAUUUGCUAAAGCAAAGGCAUAGAAAAAACCAGGAAAGAUUUAUUACUCGACGUUUCGGGGUCAUCGUGACUCCAUUAUCAAGAGACUAGUUUAAAAACAUGCAAAUAAGGAAAGGUACAUGCUUUAUGCUAUUCUUGUACCUUUCCUUAUUUGCAUGUUUUUAAACUAGUCUCUUGAUAAUGGAGUCACGAUGACCCCGAAACGUCGAGUAAUAAAUCUUUCCUGGUUUUUUCAAUGCAAAAAUUAGGUGAUUUUCUGGCUAAUUUUUUUUGGCUUUAAUCUGAUUGACACUUCAACUGUUACCAAAUAUUUAGUUGGAAUGUUUAAAUCGUAAUUACUGUAGAUUUCCCAGCCAAGAAGAUUCAGUUAUAGAAUUAGAACUGGGAACCCCUGGUAGGACCUGGUAGGGAUAAGUCAUUAUUCAAAAGAGAUGGGGGGGGGGUGGGGUUAAAGGCUGCUUUCUGAAGCAAGUUUUCAUGAAGUGUACAUGGAAAAUUCUUUCGUCCGACACAGCUCAAAAGAAAAACAUUUAUUUCUCAAUUUUCUUUAAUGACAAAUAGCGAAACAAGUUCUCUUCUCCAAGUCCAUCCCAUACAACCUUUUUUAUAAGCUUGCUUUUUCAUCGAGGGCGAGAAAGGAUCACAAGGACAAAAGGGACAGAAAGGAAUGCCGGGAACAUGUGAUGACCUGAUAUGGAAAGAUAUAAUGGAUAAAGAAUCAUCUCUUGAUAGUGUAACCAUUCUCGUGUACUUAUAGUAGUAACAUAUAAUAUAACAAGCAAUUUGCUAUUUUCUCUUUUAUUACUAUUUUUGCAGUUAUUUUGUGAUAUUCUUUGACGUGCACAAGCAUGAAACAAUAAUGAUAACGAAAUUUAAAUGAUUCUUUGCAGAGCUCCUCGUCAUCCUCCGGGAAAAGAGGGUGUUGUAAAGUGGGUAGGAAUAAAUUUUCACUUGUUUUUGUCGUUACUGUCCCAUAUAGGAGGCGAGGCCACAUAUAUCGUCAAAAUGAGUGAGUGGGUGAGUGAUAGUAACAAAAGUAUUCCGAUCUUGAUCCGAUUUUUACCCGAUGUUCACUGUGCUACUUGUUCUUUGUUCCGGAGUACUAUAGGAGACGGUAAACAUCUCACAACAAUUGGCGCAUCAUGAAAACCUAGAGGAAAACCUUUUUCUUUGAAGGGGGAGUAUUUUACUGUGUGAAUCAGCGAAUUAUGCCCAGUAGAUCCGAAGAUACCUUUUUUUUUCACUUUUUUCCGUUACGCUACAAAAGAUGAUAAACAUCUCAAAAUAAUUUUAUAGUGGCCUCACGGUCAUGUCAUUAAAAACAAGGCUUUUGCUUGCAGAAUAGGUUUGAUCUGCACAUCAUGGGAACUUUCGAGAAAAAAACUAAGUUGUUCAAAAAGAGAGCAUUUUACCAUUUUUAUCAGCGACUAGUGCACCAAUGAGCCGCUAAAUUCGCGAAGCAAGCAAGGUCUGAAAUACCAUACCUUGAGUUUAACAGGAUGACCCUAUUCAAAGUAAUGUUAGAACGGUAGAAUGAUGGAUUGGUGGAAUGGCAAAUGGGCAGAAUGCCUUGUUGUAUGAACGAAAGUCUUACAUAAAUAGAAUUGCAAUGGAAUAAGAAAAAAAUUAUAAUUUUACAAGCAAAAUGAAAAGAAGCAUAGUGUAAUCAUUAUUAGACCUAGAGGAUAGACCGAUAGAGGAACAGUGUGGUUCUUCAGCCAACCCCCAAAAAAUAUCAAUACCUUCACUAUUGUUAUCAUUAUUAUUAUCAUUGAUAUGGUGGUAUGAUUAUUUGUCACCAUUUUAUCAUCGGUUGAGUGUCAAUUAGUCACUAUAUUCUUGAAUCAUCUCUCUCUUGUGUAACAGAAUAUUCAUAGAUGUGAGAUGCGGCAGGUUUUUCUGCUUUGUAUGAGAGACAAAUCUUGUACAACACUUCCUUCUAGCAUCAUUAUACACUCUCCACUUCUUUUCAAUACUAUAAAGAUUGUGAUACUAUCCACAUAGCCACAUACAGUCUUAAACUAUUCAUUUCUUUGACGAUUGCCGUUUAAGUGCACAGAAAAACGCCCCUUUCAAUUUCAAUGCAAGUUGAAGGCAUAGUUGGUUGGAAUAAGUUUUCUAUUUGUUUUGUUUUAAUGAUAAAUGUUUUUUAGGUGUACAGUAAAAUAUCCCCAGAUCAAGGCACAAACUAUGUUGUAUUGAAGAAUACUCCAAUGUGGACAAAUAAAACGCCAAAUUUGCUCUACCACAUGGAUAGUGAUGUGAUAAUCUGUUCGAAAAGUUUCUGAAGGUUGCAAGGCUAUGAAACAGUUCUAAUAUUUCAAGAGCUUUUUAGCGAAGUAAAGGCCAGUUGAAGAAAUUAUGCUGAAGAAACUUAUUAUUAUUUAGAAGACUUAGUUUUGAUUUCUUUUAUAAAAUCGCACCAUGACAAUUGCAGUAAAAUCAAAGACGUAUACGUCAGAAACUAGCUAAUUUUUUGGUUAAUCAAAUUAUUUUUGCAUUGCCUAUGCUUUAAUUGAAGCUUUUAGGGAAUUCUUAUUAUUUACAUAAAGUGCUAAAAAUGCCUUCCAAAACGUAAGAACAAUUAAUCAAAUGAAAGCUGAAAUCGCUGACAGGAAAAGGAGUUGCCAUAAGUCUCGAGUAGACAUUUUUACUCUAUAAGAAGUUUUCGUUCCAGUGUAAAUGAGAUUUUCAACAAAUUUCCGAGUGAAAAUCCUACUUGAUGCUUCAGUUUUAUAUACUUUAACGGCACAAUGACGAUAGAUUUUUGACCAAUCAGAGCGCCUGUUGUGCGUUAGUUAUGUUAUAAACAUCGGCCAUUCCCUAUAUUUGCAGAAAUGAACUUAUUAAACACAGAUUUCGCACUGAUCCGAGAUGCUCAGCCCCCCAACAUUUCCCGAAAAAAUGUUAACAAUAUUGUGCAUACAAUCAGGCGACGGAGGAGAAAGAGGAAGAGGUAAAAUAAGUCCGAUAUAUGGAUUUUUCUGAAGCCAACAUCAGCUUGAACAAAACCUGAGAAACAACGCCUUGCAAUGCAAUGAGUUGAAUGAGACAGUUUUAGCCAAUUUAAAGAGGCUCAACGCAUCUUUUUUGAUGGAUUUUUUUACCACAGUUAGUCAUGUGAUCUCUUGAAAAUGGCGUCAAAAAAUAACUAAUUAGUUAUGGAUCUUUUAACAAUCAUAUAUUCAUUUUUAUGACACUAACUAACGAGAAUACGGAAUUUUAGAAACACUGGUACCCUUUGAGCUUAGUGUGUCUGCAGCCAAAAGACGAGUUCGGCGAACUUCAUAUUUUGUCAUUGAAUUGCAAUCAGCACGGUCUAUCAAUAUUUAUCUUUCUGCUUUAAAAAAAUCUUUAUACGCGAUUUAAACCCCCCUAAGUGAAGCAAAAAAGAAAAAAAAACCGGCUGGGUCAAGUCGUUCCAUUCUCUAUAUAACUUUGAAAAAAAAAUGUGUUCUAAUACGCUGACUGGGUAACAUUAGGUUUGUGAAAAAUAAUUGUUGAAUAACAGUUUUGCAUGGCUUAUGGAAAUUCCCGAAAAUGAGGAAACUGUUAAGGCUUCUGUUCGUUACAAUAUGGUGAUUAAAAAGAACGAAACCAUUCUGAGCCACUUUAAAAGGCGAAUAACCAGAAACAAUGAAUGAGAGGUAAACUCUGUUAACCAUUUGUUUUGUUUUUAUGAAAGAAUGUUCGACUGGUUUCUACUUCUUCGAGAAAGUUCAAGACUUGCCAACCAGAGGAGCUGCAGCCGUCCAACACUUUACCAUUAAUGGAAGUCUGUUCCUCACCUUUGGGAACAAUCAAGGAGAUAUUCAGAAACACAAGACAGGCUCCGUGGUUUACAAGAUGGAUGAACCGACUGAAAAGUUCACAUUGUACCAGACCCUACAAACUAGAGGUGCACAUGGCGUUGAGUACUUUUCUAUCGCUGAUAAACAUUUCCUUGCUGUGGCUAAUUAUUGGGAUGGUACGUACCAACUUGACUCUGUAGUCUUCCAGUGGAAUGGACAGCGGUUUAUGGUAUUUCAGAAAUUACCAACAAAAGGAGCUGCACACUUCAAGUUCUUCACAUCAAACAGAGAAAAAUAUCUCACAGUGGCAAAUCGUCGAGACGAAAGAACCUACUCAACAAAGUCAGUCAUCUACAAAUGGAAUGGCUUUAAGUUCAACAAGUUCCAAGAGAUAGCAACUGAAGGUGCCAUGGGAUGUACGGCAUUUGGAAUAAACAAUGUCACUUUCAUCGCUUUCGCCAACUAUUACAACUCUCAACAGAAGUAUUCUGUUCAGUCCACUGUCUUUAAGUGGUCAGGAGGACACUUUGUCAAACUACAGUCUCUUCAAACUUAUGGUGCAUAUGACGUUAAGUCUGUUAAUAUCAAUGGUCACACAUUCCUCGCUUUUGCCUGCUACUACUCUGGAAGUUCCUACAACACUGACUCGUUUGUUUAUAAAUGGGAUGGUACCAAGUUCGUUCUUUUCCAAUCCAUUCUUACUCGUGGAGCCCUCGCUUGGCAUCCUUUCGUGAUCAGCGGUCAUACCUACCUGGGUGUGGCCAAUUUCCAAAGCGGCAGCCAGAAAAAAAACAUUCAGUCAGCUGUGUACCAGGCCUCUGGAUCACAGUUCGUCAAGUAUCAAGAGAUUUCCACCCAUGGAGCUCGUGAUAUGACAUCAUUUGAAUACAAAGGUCACACUUAUCUGGCAGUAGUAAACUACUACAAUCAGAAGUACAACAUAAACAGCGCUUUGUACAAGUGGGUGUAGAAAUAGGGACAAAAGACGAAAAGCGUAAUG